GCGAACGUGUCCUGCCUGCACGCCAUCCACACAACAGGCGCGUUUGUUGGUGUUCCUAGGCGUUGUUUUUGUCUCGCUAAGAAGACGGUGUACUUACGCUGACAAAGGUUGAUGCGCUGUACUUGUGCCGAGAUCCAGACGGAAUAAUGCCUCGUACGAGAUUGAUCGCGUUUGUGCGUGCAAUUCUACGAUAACGCUUGAGGAAAAGGGAGGUGCCUGGCACACAGCGACGCCGGAUGAAGUCAGCAGUUUUGGCGGUGGCUUUCAGCAACACCGCUUAACGGAUCCGUCUUGGCGUGAUCAAAAGAGGGUUCUGAAGAAUGGGAGGCAGUCAGUCCAAGAGUGCGGCGCCUUCAAAAGAGCCGGCCAGGUUCAAGGUCGGUGACCGCGUGGCCGUCACCAUGGACGUGGAAAACUUCAGGCUUCUUCAGAACGACCAUGGCGGAUGGGAAGCCCAGAUGUCUCUCGUCUUUGGGAAUGUCGGCAUCGUCCAGAGACUGUUGCCGAGUGGUGGCCUCAUGGUUCAUUACAAGGUUGCCAACGCCACGUGGCAGCUGAACCCUGCAGCGGUGGAGAAGCUCAUCGCCUACAAGACGGGUGAUAAAGUGAGGGUCUGCGUGAAGCUCGAAACGUUGAAGGAAUUGCAGAAAGGACACGGAGGAUACAAUGAUCGCAUGCAGAUGACAGCUCCAGUUCUACGGAAAGUACAUGAGUCUUCUGGUGAUAGCAAUGAUGUUCUGAGUGGCGGCAUUGGAGGUUUGCUGAGGCUCGCACUCGAAGAGAGUAUCGCCGAUCUUGUGCAGAGGGCACGGAGACGUAGCCUCCAAGAAUCGCCCUUGCACACAGCGUGUUUCCAUGGAAACGAAGAAGUGGCAAGGGCAUUGAUAUGUGCAGGUAAUGACGUUAAUGCGAGAGACAAAGAUGGCGCCACACCUCUGCACUACUGCGCAUACGGUAACCAGCCCGACGCCAUGCGCCUGCUUGCGAAUGCGGGAGCGGACCUAAACGCAGUGAACUGAGAAGAACCGGACGCCACUGCACGUCGCUGUUUCAAAGGAGCAUGCGGACUGCGUUCGAACUCUACUCUCCUAUGCACGUCGCAUUAACGUGAACUUGCAGGACGUUGCAGGAGACACGGCCCUUCACGACGCCAUCACCAUUGACAGCGCAGAAAUUGCAAACCUGCUGAUUAAUUUUCGCACGACCGACUUCUCAAUCACGAAUCGACGGGGCUUCAAUACUCUGCACCACGCC